UAAAUAAAGUAUCGAUACCGUCGAAAUUGACAUCGAUUCCUUGUCUGACCAACAGAAAACAAAAAAACACUAUAAAUAAUAAAAAUAUGGAUUUUAUUGACGAUUUUAUUCAAGAAUAUCGGAAUAAUCCAUGCCUCUGGAAGGCGGAUUCGGUUAAUUAUAAAAAUCGAAGCAAGCGCCAGGAGGCCUAUAUGAAGUUAAUUGACGUAGCAGCAAAACAUGGCGAGCAUUACAAUGUAGAGAGAACCAAGCAAAAAAUAAAUAAUCUUCGCUGCGCCUUUCGACACCAGCUAAAGAAAUAUAAUGAACUCAAAAGCAAAGGAGAAAAGGAGGAGCCUUAUUGCCCGAAAAGGAAAUACUUCGAGUCGCUAAUGUUCCUCAAAGACGAGGAAACAACCAUAGACAAACGUAGCAAACAGGACAGCAUUUGUGAACCCACCCCUACAAUCAAUAACAGUGGAAAUAAUGGUAAAAACAAAUUAGCACGACUGCAUGCAGAUGCUGAAUCAAUCGGUUCAAUUGAAGUAGCAGACACUGACAAAACAUCAACAUCGAAUAGUGGUGCCAGUGCAAGUGUAGAUGUCGAGGAUCCUUUGCAGGUGCCUAGCAAUAUUUUUUCCGACAUAUGCAAGGAAAUUAAUAAGGAAAACAAUGGCAACGAAGGUGAGGAGGACACAAAUAUUGAAGAGACGGCACAAAACAUUUCCGUGGUAUCUGACAAAGCUGAAAUUGAAGAGGUAACUACCAUUACACCAGUCAGGAAAGAACAGGUUUUUGUAAUUGGUACAUCAACCGUUAACAACACAAAUGCCACUCCGACUAUCAACACCCCCACAAUGUCUUCUCCACAAAAACAACAACAGCAGCAGAGGGAUUCAAGCAAAGCACGGAAGAGAUCUUCUUCGUUCUCCUCGCAGCAUAGUAAUGAAACAACCGAUACCACCCCCAUUAAAACAGCAAAAAAUGAUGUCACAUUUGAUUUGGAAAACCUAUUGUCCUUAGCGUGCAAAAGCUUUCAAAAGAAUACCGUCGAUCAUCACACCAGUUUCGGUGAAAUUGUUGCAUACAAAUUGCGCACUAUGGAUCCAACCCAAGCACUUUACGCCGAGAAGAUAAUUUCCGAUAUCUUGUAUCAAGGUCACAUGAAGUAUUUAUCACCAGCUGCAAUACAACGUUGUUCAAAUCUAGAAAGAUUGCAAACACAGGAGAACAAGUAGAUGGAUGAAUUUCCUACUCAUCCAAAAUGACACAAUUUAAUCAACUCCCAUAUUAAGAAUUUCUAUAAUUAUUUUAAAAAUUAAGAUAUAAGCAAAUAUAUCUAUGAUAAUUUUUUUAGUCGCAAAUCAUUUAAUAAGAAACCUUUCAUUUUCGCUAAACAA